AUGCAGCUCUGCCCUCCACAAGCUGCCCUUCACAAGCUGCCCUUUACAAGCUGCCCUUCACAAGCUGCCCUUCACAAGCUGCCCUUCACAAGCUGCCCUUCACAAGCUGCCCUCCACAAGCUGCCCUUCACAAGCUGCCCUUCACAAGCUGCCCUUCACAAGCUGCCCUCCACAAGCUGCCCUCCACAAGCUGCCCUCCACAAGCUGCCCUUCACAAGCUGCCCUCCACAAGCUGCCCUUCACAAGCUGCCCUCCACAAGCUGCCCUCCACAAGCUGCCCUCCACAAGCUGCCCUCCACAAGCUGCCCUCCACAAGUUGCCCUCCACAAGCUGCCCUUCACAAGCUGCCCUCCACAAGCUGCCCUCCACAAGCUGCCCUCCACAAGCUGCCCUUCACAAGCUGCCCUCCACAAGCUGCCCUCCACAAGCUGCCCUCCACAAGCUGCCCUCCACAAGCUGCCCUCCACAAGCUGCCCUUCACAAGCUGCCCUUCACAAGCUGCCCUUCACAAGCUGCCCUCCACAAGCUGCCCUCUACAAGCUGCCCUUCACAAGCUGCCCUUCACAAGCUGCCCUCCACAAGCUGCCCUCCACAAGCUGCCCUCCACAAGCUGCCCUCCACAAGCUGCCUUCACAAGCUGCCCUCCACAAGCUGCCCUUCACAAGCUGCCCUUCACAAGCUGCCCUCCACAAGCUGCCCUUCACAAGCUGCCCUCCACAAGCUGCCCUUCACAAGCUGCCCUUCACAAGCUGCCCUUCACAAGCUGCCCUUCACAAGCUGCCCUUCACAAGCUGCCCUCUACAAGCUGCCCUCCACAAGCUGCCCUCCACAAGCUGCCCUCCACAAGCUGCCCUCCACAAGCUGCCCUCCACAAGCUGCCCUUCACAAGCUGCCCUUCACAAGCUGCCCUUCACAAGCUGCCCUCCACAAGCUGCCCUCCACAAGCUGCCCUCCACAAGCUGCCCUCCACAAGCUGCCUUCACAAGCUGCCCUCCACAAGCUGCCCUCCACAAGCUGCCCGCCACAAGCUGCCCUUCAUCAACUGCCCUUCACAAGCUGCCCUUCACCUACUCACUCCAAGAUGAUCUUGUCCACACAGUCACCAAAGCUCUAAUGACAAGGCUAACAAUACGUGGCGUAUGA